AUGGGACCUCGAGAUCUAGAGCAGAAACAUCCACCCACCAUGGGACCUCGAGAUCUUGACCAGAAACAUCCACCCACCAUGGGACCUCGAGAUCUAGACCAGAAACAUCCACCCACCAUGGGACCUCGAGAUCUAGACCAGAAACAUCCACCCACCAUGGGACCUCGAGAUCUAGACCAGAAACAUCCACCCACCAUCAGACCUCGAGGUCUUGACCAGAAACAUCCACCCACCCUGGGACCUCGAGAUCUUGACCAGAAACAUCCACCCACCAUGGGACCUCAAGAUCUUGACAAGAAAUAUCCACCCACCCUGGGACCUCGAGAUCUUGACCAGAAACAUCCACCCACCAUGGGACCUCGAGAUCUUGACCAGAAACAUCCACCCACCAUGGGACCUCAAGAUCUUGACAAGAAACAUCCACCCACACAUCACCAGGGUACAGACACAGUCUCAGCUCAUGGCUUCCAUCUGGGUAUUUAG